CGCUUUCCACUUCCCGUUUAUCAACCAUAACCUAUUGCGCCAUCACACCUUGCGUCAUGCAUCUUCGGCAUACCGGGGAUGAAGAUGCAGGCACAUCUCCGUUUCUUCUUGCUCUCCUUCCUUCUCCACGAUCCAAAACUAUCACUGGAUUCUUUCCCAUCACCACCCCCUUCUUCGGGCUGCAUCGCCAUAAGCCCGCUUGACUAACGUAUAUAUAAUGUAGCCCCUAAAUGGCUACUCAAUUCCUCAAUGCUCCCUUCGUAGAGAUGUGGUAUAAACUGAUAUCGGUCGCCCUACUAGCCUUAACCAGUGGUUCAAUUGUCGACAAUGCACCAGACUUCAGCGCACUAAUCAGUCGAAAGCCCUCUGCAUUGGCUGCACAGAAGGAGGCUAGAAAGGGACUCGUGGAAAGAGGAACCCUAGGCCACAAUCAGCUUUUUGCAAGAGAUUCGUCAGAUAGAAAGUUUUACAACAACAAGACAUCAGAAUUCUUCAUUGAAUCCCUUCCAGAUAUCCCCUAUGACUUGGGAGAAAUAUAUAGUGGCCUCAUACCCAUCGAUUACAGCAACCAGUCUGAAGCCCUAUUCUUUGUCUUCCAGCCCAAGCUCGGUGAACCUUCUGAAGACAUCACAAUCUGGCUCAAUGGUGGACCUGGCUGCAGCUCUCUUGGUGGAUGGUUACAGGAGAACGGCCUUUGGACUUGGAAGUCUGGUACUCUACAACCUGCUCUCAAUCCAUACUCGUGGGUGAACCUGACCAACAUGCUUUGGGUGGAGCAACCUAUAGGCACUGGCUUCUCUACGGGUACCCCCAAAGCCACCACACAAGAAGAGACUGCACAGGACUUUAUCAAAUGGUUCAAGAACUUCCAAGACGUCUUCGGUAUCAGUAACUACAAGAUAUUUGUUUCCGGUGAAUCGUACGCUGGGAGAUACGUGCCUUAUAUCAGCGCCGCCAUGCUGGAUGAGCAAAAUACGACCUAUUACAAUCUUUCUGGGGCUCUCAUAUACGACCCCGUCAUCGGCGAAUUUGAUGUAGUGCAGCGACAAAUGACAACCUACCCUCUUGUCGAAGCCAACUCCAAUAUGUUCAAUUUCAACGCCACUGUUAUGGCCGAGCUGAAGCAGUAUCACGAGAGUUGUGGUUUCAAGGAUUAUAUUGACAAAUACCUUCAAUUCCCCCCACCUGAAAAACAACCACCUAUGCUUUUUAACAGAAGCGACAACGCCAGUCUCAUGUGCGAUCUAUUUGAUGGUGUGAUGUACCUGGAGAUUCAAGUGAACCCAUGUUUCAACGUCUAUGAGGUUAACAGUAUGUGUCCCUUGCUAUGGGAUGUUCUUGGAAUGCCCACUGGAUUUAACUACGCUCCCGGACCUGUCUACUUAAACAGGUCCGACGUCAAAGCUGCUAUGCACGCACCUCAAAACAUUGACUGGGCCAAGUGUUCCCCAGACCCGGUAUAUGUAGGAGGUUACGCUGGACCGGAGUGGCAAGGCGACCUUUCGGCGGAUCCUAUACAAAAGGUCUUGCCGCAGGUAAUCGAGGCCACAAACAGAGUACUGGUUUCGAAUGGGGAUUAUGAUAUGGCCAUCAUUACCAAUGGUACUCUUCUUUCCAUUCAAAAUAUGACUUGGAACGGCCAGCUUGGAUUCCAGUCCGCCCCAUAUGAGGAAGUCUACAUUGACAUUAUUGACACGCAAUGGUCUGCCAUCUAUGAGGCUAACGGUCUACCUGGUUUCCCCGGGCCCCAGACCACCAUGGGCAUUCAGCAUUAUGAGCGCGGUCUCAUGUGGGUCGAGACCUUCCAAGCUGGUCAUAUGCAACCUCAAUACCAGCCUAGAAUGGCUUAUAGGCAUUUGCAAUGGCUCCUCGGCCAUGUGGACAAGAUUUAGGUCAGCUGUACAUAUAUAUGACCUUUUGUAGUUGCUGUGUUUAGUUAUAUGGAACAUUAGUAUUUGUAGCUUGAUUGCAGUAGUGGCCGGUUUGAUACUAUGAUACCUGUAUUAUAAUAAUUUAGAACAAUGGGAAGAUGGCGGCGUUCGUCUCUGAACGAAAUACCGUUUUUGUCAGUCCACGCCUCCAAGUUAUGAUUGUAAACAAAUUUUGUGCAAUGCAACCUGUUCAAGGUC